GGUAAUUCGUUUGGGUUGUAGCCUGUCAAGUAGUAUUGUUUAUCAUUAAGGGGGCCUGUUUGGUUGUAAUGUGAAUUGUUUUUGGUCUGUUUUAGGAAGGGUAAUCCCCUGGCAUCUUUCAUGUCAUCUUGUUCGAGUUAACCCAAAAGGCAACCAAUACAAAAAGGGUGGUGGCGGAGAGGGGUGGAAGCCGAUAGAUGAAGAAGCGGCGGAUGGGGAGCAUGGUGGCGGCACUUCUUGCGGUGGCGGCGAUAAUGGGAGGAGGGCGGUGGUGGAGAGGGGUGGAAGCGGAGGAACACCGCCAUGUGGUGGGAGGGGACAGAGGAUGGGAAGUGUCAAAUGACAUCGCUUCCUGGUCUUCCGGCAGAACCUUCACCGCCGGCGACUCUCUAUGGAUCACAUACUCUGCGGCACAAGAGAAUGUCGUGGAGCUCGGGAGCAGGGAAGAAUACAUAUCGUGCGAUCUGAGUAACCCGAUCAAGAUGUACACCGACGGCCUAGACCAGAUCCCUCUAGAGGGAGAGGGGACCCGAUACUUUGCGAGUGGAAAACCCGAGAGCUGCAAAAAUGGCCUCAAGUUUCCGGUCAUCGUCCUACCCCAGUACACACGCAAAAGGGGCCCGUCGUUGGUCCUCCGAGCGGAUGGUCCCACGGCGCCUUCUUCAUCCACGCGGUUGAACGAACACAUGCCGUGUUUGUUCACCACCCUUUUGGCUUUGGUCAUGUUUUUCUAGUAGUGAUUUCUCAUUUAUUUCAUGUCUACAUUUCAAUAAGAAUCACACUGAGUGAAUGUGUUCUCAUAUCAGCAAAAAAAAAAGUUUGAACUU